GGUGAUGGAAAUGGGGCACCACCAAAGAAAGUUGUUAGUUUUGCGAAAAUCCAAAGAAAGUUGUGAAAUUUUUAAAAAAUUGGUUUGCUGCUUCCUGACUUUCAACUUUCAAGUUCCAUCACCGAAAAAAGGGCAACAGGAUUUCUUCCUAUCAAAUACCACAAACAAAAUCAGUGAGACAGAGACAUGAAGCGAUGCUUUGGUACUCCAGGGAUCGCAAGCGGCCUUGUCUUGAGGAUUUUUCAGUGCUUAUUUGCUUCUGCUUCUAUCGCCGUCAUGGCUGCUUCUUCCGGUUUCUCUAGCGCCACCUCCUUCUGCUAUCUAAUUGCAGCAAUGGGACUACAAGUUUUAUGGAGUUUUGGACUUGCUUGUCUUGACAUUCAUGCUCUAAGGGUUAAAAAAAAUCUCCAGAGUCAAAUCUUACUAAGCCUUGUUGUUGUUGGUGACUGGGUGACUGCGAUACUUGCACUUGCUGCGUCAUCAUCUUCAGCUGGAGUGAUGGUUUUGUUGGACAGGGACUCGGAGUAUUGCAAAGUUGACCAGCAGCUGUCGUGCAACAAAGUCAACUACCCGAUCAUGAUGACAUUGCAGUUUUGCAUGGAGACAAUAUUGAUAUUGUGGGCUGGGCGUAUAAGAGUCAAACAUGUAACCUAA